AUGGGCGAUCCCAUGACGAGACCGCUUAAUGCUUGGGGCCCCGAAUCUUACCAUGGCAGAUACUAUCCACAAGAGCGUCCCAGUCCGGGCGUGCGACUCCCUCCGCCGUCCAGUCUCGUGACUGGGAGAUAUCCAGCAAAUUCUCAGGAGAUCGCCAGCAAGCAAAGCUCCUAUCCUGAUCAUUACGUUACGACAUCGGCCUAUAGUCACCGUGCGGCUCCACAGUUGCCGACGCCUACCAGUGAGCCAUAUGCUGCGUCGACUCUUAUCAACCGAUAUAGAGAGGACAGACCUCCCCGGAUGUCUCCAGGUAACUUAUCGGCUACGGGCGAUCGGUCAGAAGAGAUGUCUGAGUCUCUGAGACUCCGUCAGCUGGUGAGGGAACAGAGUUCAUCCCAGUUACCCAGAAUCCAUCCUCCCACGCGACCACAUACGGAAUUCCCUCCAGAAUCGCCACGAGCAUAUCCCGACCCUCAUCAAGUAAGACCAAAUCCGGCAUAUAGAAAUAGAGAUGUGCGGCACGAACAGUCGCCCCAGACCACAACGCCUCCAAACACAGUCUGGUCGCCAAGGUCAGAUACCCGACCGCCCGAGAGGAUGAAGAUAUCAGAUCUUCUCAGUGGGGAACCGAGGCCCAGCUCUAGGAGCCUCUCCAAAGCGCCGAUGGCGCCGUCUCCGUCGCCGACUGCUUCGAUCGGGAGACAGCAGUAUAGUAUCACGGUCCGCCAGCAGCCAGCAGCAGCCAGGUCCUGCGGUUUCGGCGAGAGAGACCGUCGGGUCAUAGAUCCGCCACCCAUUGUGCAGCUCAAGAUCGACGACCCCAGCGUAACGCCCGAGGAACGGGGCGAGAGAUUCCGGAGCCUAUUUGCCGUGAUGCACUGCACCAUCUGGAGCGAGAACGGCGAUGUGGACUGCUCCCUGAUGCCCGAGGACUACCGGCAGCAAAGGAGGCUCAUGGGAAGUCUGGUCGCGUCAUCAUUCGUUGGGACUGAUGAAAACGGGGAGGAGGGGAGUUUCUUCUGCUUUCCAGAUCUUUCGUGCCGAACACCAGGAUCAUUUCGGCUCAAGUUCUCGCUGCUCAUCUUGGACCCCACCAACCAUGUCCCGGGGUCCAAACACCCAGUUCGUGCAGAGGCCAUGAGCAGCGUGUUUACCGUUUACAAUGCCAAGGACUUUCCUGGGAUGCAGGCCAGCACACCGCUGACCAAGAGACUCAAGGAGCAGGGCUGUCUCAUCUCGAUCAAGAAGGGGAAUGAGAAGGGUGGCUCCAAAAACGACCGUGAUGAGAGCGACGACGACUAUGACGACCAUGACGACGGCGGAUCGUCGGGCGGCAGGCGCAAGAAGCACAGAAAAUCGUAA